AUGUAUUACUUCGUUGUCCGGCAUGAUUAUGGAGUAAGAUCACGGUGGGUACAGCACUUAGGAAGAAUGUCUCAUGAAAGAAUCCCCGAUAUACCAUUCUGUUCAGACCAAGGGGAAGAAUUGGCUGUCCACGACACAGAUGGCGUUAUGAACUCUAGAAUAUCACGUGGAUUUGGUGCUGCAAAACUGUUACAGAUAGUUGGCCACUGUGGACAAUUUAGGCACAAAGGUGCUGAUCAGCAGCAUUUUAGUUUUGUGGUAUGUAGUCCUGGCACAUAUGAACUGAGACAUGUCAUUUAUCACUUACAAACUAAGAUGCUGCUACUCUUGCAUCAAGUUGGUGUUCAUGAAGAUUCAACCAAUCCAACAAAUUUACCAGAAGUAUGCUUCAUUUCAUCUGGCACAUGUAUUUCAAUCUUGGUAAGCAGUAGCAUCAAGGGGGCCCCUCACUGCGAAGAAGCUGCUUGCAUUGAACCAGUUAGUGCAAGCCAGCUCACUUCAGCCGCGGCUGCCACUAGACAGCAGUGGGGGCCCGUAAUUGUCAAUGCCACUUUGCUUUCUGUGCAAAUAUGUCUGCACGGAGAUUUUGUGCAAAGCAUAUUCCUAGAAUCUGUAUGGAACAAAGAAAGAACUGACGAAAGCUGUAACAAAGUGAGUUUGGAAGAAUCACAACUGAAAGUGAGGAUUGAAGUGGCAGGUCGUUACCUGCAGAACCGCCACGCCCACAGCCACACCUGCUACAGGCACCAAGUUGGCCUCCACCCACUCUUCCCCUGCUCGCAAGCAACCCCUCUCGUAGAUGUUUCGCUCCCCCGUCUGCACAACAGGGCGAGGGUUAGCCAGCCCAGGUCUCAAGCAGAGGCGACAGCUCUUACCAGCAGGCAUGUAUUUUCCCGCAGUGCACCUACACAGCCAGUAAAACCAAUCACAAAAGUGACUGCACCUAGAAAGCAAAAAUUCAGAGAUCCAACGAAGAGUUCCAACUGCUCAAACACAAGUGUUGAAUUCCCAACUAUGGCGGUUCAUAGCUGGAAUUUUGCGAAAGAGUAA